UUCAGUUCUUUCCGCGUCGCCUCUCGGCUGUUUCCGCCCAGCUCCUUUGUGCCGCGCAGAGCGGCGAGACGACGCAUGCGCAGAGCCGCCGCCGCCGCGUAUAUAAGCGCGAAGCCGGCCUCGCCGCUCAGUGCCGCCGGGACCGUUGGCAAGGGAGGGUGUGCGGCAGCUCCCGUGUGACUCGAGCCCUGGGCGCCGCGAGCGAGCGAGCCGAGCACGCGGGCCGAUCAUCAUGUCUCGCUACGGGCGGUACGGAGGAGAAACCAAGGUGUAUGUUGGUAACCUGGGAACUGGUGCUGGCAAAGGAGAGUUAGAAAGGGCUUUCAGUUAUUAUGGUCCUUUAAGAACUGUGUGGAUUGCCAGAAAUCCUCCGGGAUUUGCCUUUGUGGAGUUUGAAGACCCUAGAGAUGCUGAAGAUGCUGUGCGAGGACUGGACGGGAAGGUGAUUUGUGGUUCCAGAGUGAGGGUUGAACUGUCAACAGGCAUGCCUCGGAGAUCACGUUUUGAUAGGCCACCUGCCCGGCGUCCCUUUGAUCCCAAUGAUAGAUGCUAUGAGUGUGGCGAAAAGGGACAUUAUGCUUAUGAUUGCCAUCGCUAUAGCCGCCGAAGAAGAAGCAGGUCACGAUCUAGAUCACACUCUCGAUCCAGAGGAAGGCGAUAUUCUCGCUCACGCAGCAGGAGCAGGGGACGGAGGUCAAGAUCAGCAUCUCCUCGACGAUCAAGAUCUGUGUCUCUUCGUAGAUCACGAUCAGCCUCACUCAGAAGAUCUAGGUCUGGUUCUAUAAAAGGAUCGAGAUCCCGGUCGAGGUCAAGAUCAAGAUCCAGGUCUAUUUCGCGACCAAGAAGCAGCCGAUCAAAGUCCAGAUCUCCAUCUCCAAAAAGAAGUCGUUCCCCAUCAGGAAGUCCACGCAGAAGUGCAAGUCCUGAAAGAAUGGACUGAAGCUCUCAAGUUCACCCUUUAGGGAAAAGUUAUUUUGUUUACAUUAUUAUAAGGGAUUUGUGAUGUCUGUAAAGUGUAACCUAGGAAGGAUAAUUCAACCAUCUAAUCAAAAUGGAUCUGGAUUAUUACUCUGUAAAUUCACAGCAGUAAGAUAAUAUAAAUUUUUGUUGAAUGUAUUAACAUCCUAUGGUCUGAAAAUGUGGGUUUUUAUUUGGCACAUUUAAAUAAAAUGUUUCUAACUAGAUUUUUGAUUUGUGUUCAAUAUUGAUACUUCUUGAUUUGGUAAGCAUCGGAGUCAUGUCAUAAUUGUUAACCAUAUUCAUACAGACCUACUAUUCAAAGUUUAAUGAUGCUGAUUAAGUCUUGAACAUCAGUAACUGUUCUAUACGUAACACUUGGCCAGGAUCUUAAGGGACUGAAAAUUCCAUUUUACUUGUAGUCUUUUGGGCGAGAUGAUCCUGAGUCCCCUGUAACAGUAUGAUUGCAUCAUGACAAAUCCCUAAAUUAACUAAACUAUUUGAAGUUGGUGUUACUAGUUUUAGUCACCCUAGUAAUUAAUGGUCAAGCUAGAGGGACCGCUGAUUUGCCUAUAAAUAAGCAUGAGCCGGAACUAAGCAAAGCUUAUUAAAGUAAAUGUGGUAUGAGAAGUAGGGAGAAACUGAUUUCUGGAGGCUCUUUUAGGAACUAAUUGCAGUUUUUCAGGAUGUUAGAUGGGAUAGUGUCAAAUUAGAACUCCGUAUCUUGGGGAGUUUUUUGUUUUCAAUUUUAUACCAAAAAAAUGCAUGUGUGAGGAAUUGUCUGAAUUUGAGACAAAACAUCUUCAUGUAAACCAGCUUUGCAAAAUUUUCCAGCCCACAUACUCCUCUAUUUCUCCAAAUGGAUUGCCUUAUUCUGAGCAAAGACCUGUUCGUUGUCAAGCUAGGUUUGUAGUUCCCGACCAUCAACAUUCUAUUUUGCCAGGCUGGUGCAAAGUAAUUAAAGAUGUUAAUCAGAAAUGUUCAUGAGACUUAAGUGGUUUUGUAAAUUUCACUUAUAUUUAGCAAUACUUCAUUCAUGUAGCUAAAUUUUUUUGGUAGCAUCUGGUAGACCUUAGAAUGUAUAGCCAGUAGGUUCUUUAUUCAGACUUUAAAUAAUCCUAAGAAUAGUAGAGCAGUAACAGUUACUUUUGAGUUUUCUGGUCAAGCUUUAACCAGGCAUUCUCUAGCCUUGG